GAGAGAGAGAGAGAGAGAGAGAGAGAGAGAGAGAGAGAAGGAGAGGGAGGGCGGCGCAGACUUAUUUCGGACGCACAUUAGUGUGUAAACCGCAGGCGCGCGCGGAGACACAGCGGCUCAGCACCGCCACUGGAUCGUCACACAGCGGCUCACUUGAAGUCUGCUUGAGAGCGCGCGCUGGGAACUCGCCGUCGGAGCGCGGCACUCGAGGCAGAAGAAGAAGAAGAAGUUGCUUGGUGCGCCGACAGGAAGUGACCCGAUGGAGGCGUGAGAGGUUCCACCGGGAUCAUGGAAACGCCGCUCCUGGCCGCCGGAUGCUGAACCACUCUGCCAGCCGCCGCUUCCACGCUCGGACUUGACCAGGCUCGUGUUUCUCCCCCUCAACAUGGAGGUGUCCAGCUUCCAGCCUCACCCCGGACUCCAGCAAACUCUCAAACAGUUCCACCUGAGCUCCAUGCGCUCGCUCGGCGGACCCGCCGCGUUCUCCGCCCGCUGGCCCCAGGACUCGGGCAAGUCGGCGGAAGUGAUGCUGGCCCUGCCCGCGCACACCCCUCCGCUCAUGUCCGGGCCGCUCUUCAUCCCGUCCGACCGCUCCACGGAGCGCUGCGAGACGGUGCUGGAGCGCGAGCCCAUCUCCUGCUUCGUGGUCGGCGGGGAGAAGCGGCUGUGUCUGCCGCAGAUCCUCAACAGCGUCCUGCGAGACUUCUCCCUGCAGCAGAUCAACUCCGUGUGCGACGAGCUUCACAUCUACUGCUCGCGCUGCACCGCCGAGCAGCUGGAGAUCCUGAAGGUGGUGGGCAUCCUGCCCUUCUCCGCGCCCUCCUGCGGACUCAUCACGCAGACGGACGCCGAGCGGCUGUGCAACGCGCUCAUCUACGGCGGCUCCUUCCCUCCUCACUGCAACAAGGACCUGGGCUCGCUGGAGCUGGAGAGAAGCGAGAGGAGCUUCAAGGUCUACCACGAGUGUUUCGGCCGCUGCAGAGGCUUGUUCGUCCCGGAGCUCUACGUGGGGCCGAGCGCCGCCUGCAUCCAGUGCUGGGACUGCAGACUCAUGUUCCCCCCGCACAAGUUUGUGGUCCACAGUCACAAGCGACUGGAGAACCGGACGGUGCACUGGGGCUUCGACUCGGCCAACUGGCGGGCCUACCUGCUCCUGGACCCGGACUAUGUGGACCAGGAGGAGCAGAGUCACCUGGAGAAGCUGCUGAACGAGCUAAAGGGAAAGUUUGACCUGAGCGGCAAAGUGGCCGGUAAAUCCUGCAGAUCUCCGAGUCCAGUCGCUGCCAAACGCUCCAGAUUUGACAAGCUACAAUCCCCAACCUCUGAAAAAGACCAAAAGCCCGACUGGUUACAAACGCUGUCAAAGUCUGCACACAAGGUCCAGCUUAAGCAGAGACCCUCGGCUUUCCGUCCCUGGUCUCCAAAAAGCACAGAGAAAGAGAGGCCAGAGAAGCAAAGUGACACUGAGAGAUCCUACAAAAAGUGUGACCAGACGCCAGCCGUGCCCAGUGUGACACAGGCGGCCCCCGUCUCUCUGGUCCACCCCGGAGACAGCCACGCUCCUGGCAGGGGGCCUGCUGCCAUUUCCCGGCCACCAAGGGAGCUGCACAAUGGCGACAUGCAAGUGGCUGCCAAGCCUGACGACAUGGACACGGAUGGAGAGAUCGAUGUGGACGACUCAGAUGACCGUCCAGUCCGUGUGUCCGCCCAGGCCUGCCCUGCCUCCGCCUGCGUCAGCGUUUCUAGUUCUCCGCCCAGCGAGGCCCGUCCUCCGGAGGUGGCAGCCUGGCAGUCUGGAGCCAUGUGUCCGGAGAUGGACUCCCUCAGACAGUCCCUGUUUUCUGGCCCAGACACGAAAGAAGCACGAGAGAAGAUCCUGCAGGACAUCGUGAGGAUGAGGGUGAAGCAGGAGGAGAAGAUCUCAGCUGCGGUACAGGCCAAGAGGAGCCUGCAGCAGGAACUGGAGUUUGUGCGUGUGGCUAAAAAAGGCCGACUCCGCGAGGCUGUGGAGGCCAAGAGAAACCUGAGGAAGGAGAUCGAGCGGCUCCGCGUGGACUGGGAGAAGAAGAUGAGGGACGCCGAAGAGUCCUGCGGGCGUCUGAAGAGAGAGCUGGAGAGGGAGAGACAGCUGAGAGUCUGUGACAAAGGUUGCGAGGCCGAACGUCUGCGCGUCAAAUAUUCCACUCAGAUCGAGGAGCUCCACAUGCAGCUGCAGCAGGCGGAGGCCGACCGGGAGCAGCUGAGGAAGGAGCUGCAGCAGGAGCGAGAGGCCCGGCAGAGUCUGGAGAGCGUGGUCAAAGACCUGCAGAGUCAGCUGAGCCUGCAAGCCCAGCCCCAGGACUCAGACGCCCACAAACAAUCCCCCACCGAGGGCCCCUAGGCUCCCAGAAAACCCUGUCACAUAUGAUACGAUGAAUCAAUCAUAGUACGAAAAACUGGAAAGUAGCAUGAUAUCCGCGCAUGCCGCCGAGCGGGGAGGGCAGACGUCACACAUCUCUCCAGGGCAUCAGGACACCAUCCGAGUUCUUAUUUUUGGUAUAAGCUAUUCGAAGGUGUGCAACUACAGCCACAUUACACUACUUGAAUAUGAAGGGAAGAGGUGAGCGGAGGAGGACCGUGUCGGUGCCACAAAAGUAUUGGUACACUCAGAGGUGUCGCCGCAGACCACUGGAAACAAGAGACACCUGUUUACCACUAUUUACGUUUCAUAUCAGCUUGCUUUUUAUAACUGUGUAGACCUUUGAAGAUAUACUGCUUGCUCAGCACUGUUACUGCUCCACAGGCGAGGAAAAAAAAAAAACACACCCAUACUCAAACAUCUACGCAUGUAUACCAGCUUGUCUACCUUUUUGUAUUUUUACUAAACCUGAAGUAUUGGAGGGUUGCGUGGGCCGCACUGAGGCCCCCAAGAUAUUUUAUGAACUUUUGAAUAUUAAUGUCGUUUUAAGUGUCUAUUGCCACCGACUGUGAGAAGGAUAGCCAGUUUCCUCUCACGUUUGUGCUGGUCAACCUGCAGUCUUGGGCCAAAGUUUCAGGAUCAGAAGUUGAAAGUAUGGGUCCACCUUGUUUGUCGCGAGUGAGAGGUAACGCUUUCUUGUCAAUUUAUCUUGCAAUUUCAAGCCAUAACCAUAUGAUAUUUUCCCUUCUCUCCGAAAAUCCUUGUUUUGCACAGGCGUGUCAAACUCUAGCGCGUGAUAUACAUCGCCCUUGACAUAAAUUUCAUAAUGUCUACUAUUAAGUGCGUCAGUUAAAAACGCUCCAAGCACUCAUACGAGUCCCAUCAUGCACUGCAACAGCUCACAAUGUUGAACCAAUUGUGUAUCUGAUGACUCAUAGUCAGGUGCUGAUAUUUAUUUAAACCUAUUUUGCAGCAAGUUGCGCCACAAAAUUCCAUAAUUCAAUGCAGGUUUCCAGUACACCGAGAUGAUAACGAUAAUAUUUUGCACACAGAACAUUUCAGAAAACCUUCGAUGUUGUGUUACGCUGAAAGGAUUCGAACCCAUGAUGAUUACGAGCCCCAAGCUUUUGUCCAAGACUGAACCUUUGCCCUUGUAAUUGAAAGAAAACGCGGUACUUAUGUUUUUUUUUUCUAUGGAGUACAGCAGUGUAAUUUAUAUUCUAUAAUAAUUUGCUGCCUAUCAACACGAAGCAUUCAUUUUUAGAUACUGGUUUUAGGGCUCUUAAGUAAACAAUUGCUGUUUAUAUGAACAACAUUUCUACAUAUAUACAAAAAUGUGGAUAUAUAUUUUUUUACUUAAAAAAAGGAAUUGCACUUUUUAAAGAACAGAACUUUGCGUUGUGCAUCGUACUCCCUGUUACAGCUUUCGAAAAAAAAAAAAAAAAGGUUAAACUCCCUCGGUAUCUUCUGAUGUAAAUACGAUAUUGUAAAUAAGAUAUUUGUCACUAUGUUUGCUUGCUCCAGUUCAUUAUGAAUAUUAUGUUUUGUUCUUACUUGAAACCAAAAAAGAGACUAUAUUUGGAUGAUAUAAAUUGUGUUAAUCAACUGCAGGGCAUUUAGCAGAAUGGAUGAAUGUGAGAACUUAAACCAUUCGCGAGUGUGAAUCUGACCGAUUUUUUUUUUUUUUUUUUAAUUGUACAACUCAAUCAGAAUCUUAUAAUUUGUCCUUUGAUUGUUUGUUCAAUUGAGAUCUUUAUUCAUAGAAAAUAUAUGACACCACAGACCAAAAACUGAACCGUAAAGCUCUGCACCUCACCAGUAAAGAGUAGAGACCUUGAUUUGAACCCGGGUGCUCUUUGAUUUUAGACAAGAAAAACGCUUGUAUUUCUGAUCUUUAUUCCCUCGUUCAGUAUUUGUUGGGUACAGUGUUAUAGCAAUAUCAAUCUCUGUUAGAUAAUGCUGUUGUACUUUUGGUUUUUGGAAGCUAGGGUUUCACUUUGCCUCUUGUUUCAAUGUUUUCUUUUUCCUUCAGAGAACUUGUAUGAUAUCCAUUAAAGUUGAAAUCAAUCAGACUCCCUUCCAUUUGUGUUGGGCAAGAAACCGGACAGGAAUUUCACCAUUUACAGUGGAACAUCGGUUUUCCAACGUCCCGGAAUUCAAACAAAUCGGAGUUUGAACAAAAAUUUUGAGAUUUUUUUGCUUCUGAUUUCGAACGGAAAUCCAGAACUCGAACGCCCCCGAAAAAAGCCGGAAAAACCAUAACAUGCACGGACCGAGGACAGGGGAGGUGCUGGCUCUCCACACCUCCAGGGUUUGAUGUCCUGUUGUGGGCUGGAGCUGGGACAGGGAUGAGGCGAGUCUGGGACAGAGCGUGACUUGGUUUA